AUGCUUCCACGAUCAAUACUACGAGUGCGCAGUUUACUCGCCGCCCUCCUCCUCGCUUCAUUCCUCGUCUGGUCCUUCUCACGAUACACGUCAGCGCCAACCCUCGACUUCGGCCACUCUGUUCCAGACCUAACAACCGCCCAACAAUCACUCUGGCGCUCCCUCCACACUCUCCUCGAGGAACAUGGCCCAGAUACAAACCCACUCGUCGAAGACAUCAAAGCACCGACAGAAGGCUUCAAUGCAGAAGAUAAUGCCAAACCACGACCAGACUACGUCCUCGUCGCGCGCGAAGACGUCGACACAAUGCGCGAAGCACACUCCGACUUCCUAAACGCUCUCAAACCGAAAUCCCCACCCUUAAACAAAUCCCCAAUACCACUAAACCUCCACCUCCAAUACAUCCCCGGAACAAAAGGCAUCGUCUCAACCGCCGGCGGUCCCUACCUCCCCGUGCUAGUAAUAUCCCUCCGCAUGCUCCGCCGCACCGGCUCAAAACUACCAAUGGAAGUAUUCCUCGCCUCCGAAGACGAAUACGAAGAAUAUAUUUGCAACGUCGUCCUCCCCUCCCUGAACGCCCGCUGUAUAAUCCUCUCCACAAUCCUAGAAGCCUCAUCAACCCCACCAACCACCAUAUCAAAAUACCAAUUCAAACCCUUCGCAAUGCUCUUCUCCUCCUUCGAAGAAAUCCUCUUCCUAGACGCAGACGCCUUCCCCCUAACCGCGCCGGAAAAACAAUUCACAAGCACCCUCUUCAAAACAACGGGAAUGAUAACCUGGCCCGAUUUCUGGUCCUCAAGCGUCAGUCCAACAUUCUACGAAAUAAUCCACACAGCGCCACCACCCAUGAAUCUGCGCGCCUCAACCGAAUCCGGCGAAUUCAUGCUCUCGAAGAAAUCGCACGCCCUCACCCUGCUCCUCGCGACGUAUUACAACUACUACGGACCAAGCCACUACUGGCCUCUCCUUUCGCAAGGCGCCGCAGGCGAAGGCGACAAGGAGACAUUCGUUGCGGCGGCCAUGGCAGCCAAUGAGCCAUUUUAUCAGGUUUCCGAGCCGAUUUGCGCGCUGGGCCAUCGGACUGUUGCGGGGAGUGGGAUGGCUGGUUCGGCGAUGGCGCAGUUCGACCCUGUACAGGAUUAUGCUCGACGUGAACGCGAAAGCGCAAGCGCGAGUGCAGCAGGGAAGAGCCGGCGCGACAGACCAGAUGUACUAUUCAUCCACGCGAAUUUCCCGAAAUUUAACCCUGCGACGAUUUUCCAGGCUGGGCAUGAGGUGCAGCCUGUUUUUGAUGAUGAGGGGGGCGUUUACGCGGGCUUGGACGAUUCCUGA